AUGAUAAAAUAUGUGGUAGUUGAGAUUAAGAGGAUUAAUUCAUUGGGUUCUGAAGUACUAAAGGUUGCACAAACAUCAAUUGAUGCUUUGAUAAAUAUGUGCAAGAGUUGCGAAGCUGUGCCCAGGUCAUCACUGCUGCUACUUGGUCGUGUUGCACUGUUCAAUUCAUUGCUUAGCCACUCUGCUGGUUUUGACGAAGAUGUGAAGAUCAAAAGCACUAGAAAACUAGGAUGGUUCUUGGAUGUUAUGGUCAACGAGGACAUUUACUCUUGUGUUCUUAUCUUGCAAAUUCCGAUUAGCAUAUCUGAUGUUGACUUGAAGACCCUGAAGUUUAUAAUUAAUAUUAUUCAGAACUUGAAGCAUCCCAAAGAUGAGAUGGAGAAAGUUAUAGAACUCCACGGUAUUUUUAUCUCUGGUCCGACAGCUUCAGAUUCUUGCUUGUACCAGUGUAAACUGAAAGUGUUUCGGGAAAUCUGA